CGCCAGCUGUCCUAUUUGACCUUGUCAUUGCUCAUGAAGUUGCACCUCUCGGGUGUGGGUCCGGCUCCGAGUCGAUGCUCGUGUCAGCGGCGUGGUCGCCAGAGGGCUUAUAGAGGUUUGCGCGCAGCCUGCUGGCUCGGUCUCAUCAGAAUCGUCGGGACGAUGCGCCCAUCCUCUAAACCUCAGAUCGCACCGCCGCCAGCGCGUUUGGGGCUCCUGUCUUCUGUUUCGGCUUCGGUGUAGACCCUUUACCAGUCGGACUCGAGACCACAUUUGCUGUUGGCGGCAUGAGAAGUUUCAUCGGAGCCGCCUGUCUUUUAACAGUUCUUCUUCUGCUGCCGCCGGCACCUGCGCAGAGACCAAUAUCAACUGAACCCGAGUCACCAAUGCUGUUGUGUCACCAUCUUCCCCACCGCUGAAUAAAAAUUAUGGAUGAAUCUGAGUUUUGGAAUUCUCGGCCUGCAAUUGAAGUUCACUCGGAAGUAAUGCUGUUCCAUGAGGUCUGGAGGAGGAGCCUUUGUCGCCCUAUGGAGCACAUGGUGGAUGUGGAACAAGAGUACCCAGGAGGGGUGGAGUAUAUUUUUAGUCCCGCCUGUGUCCCGCUGUGGCGAUGCUCCGGUUGCUGCGCAGAUGAGAAUCUGGAAUGUCACCCAACCCUCAAACGCAACACCACCCUGCAGCUUCUGAGGAUAUCCCCCUCCGAGCGCUCCGGGGAUUACGUGGAACUCACAUUUGUGGAGCAUCAGGAGUGUGAAUGCAGACCCCGUGAGCUGUAUCUGAGCAAUGAAAGCAGCAACCAGUCCGUCAAGCAUAGGCCUCGGAAGAGAAAACACAGGAAGAGAGCAAAACAUUGUGACAAGUGUCAGCAUCCUCCGAGCUAAUAGGAUCUGCAGACAUCUGCACAAAAUAAUGAAGAAUAAUACCACUUUGGAGUCACUUUGAGUCUGCUGUUCAUUUUAUUGGGGAGAAACAAGACUGCAUCGGGGAUGAUCAACAAAGCAUACUCAGUGGGUCUACCAGAUGUCAGACUCCAUCAGAUAUAAGACUCUUCAUCUGGUCAUCCUUUACAUUCAUUGUCUAUUAAUAGAUUUGGGCCACAAAUAGCCAUGUGUCCAAGCCCAUCAAUACCUCUUUGUUCAUGAACAUUGUGAAUGAAGGCCCAACAUGGAUAUCAGUUAUCACAUGGAAAACCCAGUUGCUCUGUUGGGUUUUAAAUACAGCUGUAAUAUGUAAUAGCACAGAGUGAUAACAAUCUGGUCUUAAUGAGUAUAGAUGAAAGACACAAGGGAUGUUUUGAAUUUGUCUGUUGUCAGGUUUAACGGGAUAACGCCUCACUCCAUCCUGUAGUGCAUUUGAUCAACUGUCAGUGUUGUCAGCAAGAUUUAGAAAGAGCAGGGCUGCCUUUGCCUGUUCACUAUGACUCCUUUUGCGCUCUCUCUCUCUCCCUCUCUCUCUCUUUUUUUUUUCAAAAUACACCGCAAACUGUAAUUUUUCUCCUAGCUAAAGUACUUAACACUGAUCGAUGUUACACAUUCUCGAAAAAAUUCUAUUUAUGGACACUGUUGUUCACUGUCAGAUCUGCUCUGAUUAGUUAUGGAGCGCUACAAGUUCCUGUAAUAAAACAGACUUCA